UUUGUUACGAUUGCUGCUGAAUGAAGUUGACGCUAUUCCUUCCACAAACACAUUUUUAUUUUAGUUUGUGUUUAUGCGAUUACUGCUAAAACAGUGAAAUUAAUAAAACGUUGUGCAUUGUUAUAUAAAAUUUCUAAUUGCGACGAAAGUGAGGUGUGCUUUAUAAAGAUUUGAUAUCUUUUCAUGUUUCCAAAAGUGAAGUGUAUAAUCGAGGUUUAUGGAAUAAUGAGGAGCAGUGCGUUUAUCGCUUUUUAGCGAUGUGUGAUUUUAAUAAAUUAAGUUGACGGUGGCUUGAUAAAAUUAAUGGUGUUUUUUACUUCGUCAGUGUCAUUUGUAACGAAUAGUUCAAAUCAUAGGGUCCACGAACGAACAGACGGAUUCUACCAUGGUCGUAAAACGUGCUGCGGACAGUGCGGACUCACCCAUACUUGAGGAGGCCGGCGAGAGUGGUUCCGAACAGAAACCCAAACCGCUGGUCAAAUAUGGCGAGCUGGUCAUACUCGGCUACAACGGUUCACUGCCCGCUGGCGAACGCGGCCGGCGACGCAGCAAGUUCGUGCUGUAUCGGCGGCCCGUGGCCAACGGCGUGCGUCGUUCCAAGCACUAUGUGGUCAAGACCCCGCACAGCAGCAAGGCCAUCCUCGACGCCAGCCAGCACUCCAUCUCCUACACCCUCAACCGCAACCAGGCCGUCAUUGUCGAGUACACGGAAGAUCCGGACACAGAUAUGUUUCAGAUUGGCAGAUCAUCAGAGCCACCAAUCGACUUCGUAGUGAUGGACACAGUCGCCGGCGACAAGACGGGCGACACGAAAGUCUUGCAAAGCACGAUAUCACGAUUCGCUUGCAGAAUCAUAGCGGACAGGAACGAUGUGAACAACUGCCGCAUCUACGCGGCCGGCUUCGACUCCUCUAGGAAUAUCUUUCUUGGUGAGAAAGCGACAAAAUGGACAGAGAACCACGAAAUCGACGGGCUCACAACGAACGGCGUUCUCAUCAUGCAUCCCAGAGGGGACUUUUGUGGAGGGAACGCGACCUCGGAGCCCUGGAGGGAGACCUCCGUGGGUGGCGCCGUCUUCUCGCUAAGGGAGAGCCGCUCCGCACAGCAGAAGGGUUUGCCGUGUCAAUCGGAGACGAACGUGCUGAGAGACGGCACCAUGAUAGACUUGUGUGGAGCCACGCUCUUAUGGAGAAGCGCAGAGGGACUCAAAAAUUCGCCGACAAAACGUGUAUUGGAGACACUAGUGGACGAGCUGAAUGCAGGCCGGCCUCAGUGCCCGGUGGGGCUCAACACGCUGGUGAUCCCGCGCAAGCUGUCCUCGCACCACCAGGACCUCAACCAGCCCUACGUCUACCUCAACUGUGGACACGUGCAAGGUGAGCACUCGUGGGGCGCGGACGGCAGCGAGGCGGGCACCCGCCGCUGCCCCAUGUGCCUGACGGCCGGGCCCGUGGUGCGCGUCUGCAUGGGCAUCGAGCCCGCCUUCUACGUGGACUCCGGCCCGCCCGGCUACGCCUUCAACCCCUGCGGGCACAUGGCCUCCGAGAGGACUGUCAAAUACUGGGCCACGGUGGAUAUCCCGCACGGCACGAACGGGUUCCACGCGAUCUGCCCGUUCUGCGCGGCGCCGCUCGAGGGCUCGCCCGGCUACGUGCGGCUCAUCUUCCAGGACAACCUCGACUGAAGCGGAGAUUCGUGACACGUGUCACUGGAGACGAAGCAGUGUGAAUCACGUGGUCAGUUUGUAUGUGGCUCUGUUACUGUCUCCACAAUGUCCAUAACAUAUUUCCGAUCUAUAAAGCGUGUAUGUUCUAUUUACGUGUUGUAUUUGGCCGUUAGCCCUGUUUGGUUUACUUAUCAUUUAUGAUACCGCCGUCUCGUUAAAAUGGCGUUGUAAUAAUACCCACAAAGUAUACAAGUAAUAUAAAAAAAAAUUCAUUGAAGAUCCUGAUUUUAUACACCGAUUUUGAAUGAUUCGUGGAAUGGGGCGGCAAAAAAAAUCUUAUGAUUUUUUUUUUGCUAUUUAGAAUUAGUCCUAUAGCUAAAUCCUGCAGUGUUUCAUAUAAUAAAUAGAUGGAUAAAUCAUGGCAUCUUGUUUUUAUUUCAUGACCACAACGCUUUAUAUAUUGGAAAUGUAUACAUAAUUUAAGCCAAUGACGCACCGACGGUAAACUAAGGAAUCUCACGUACGUAGCUUCCAAAAUGCACGUGUAAACUUUUUACAAUCAUUAUAUUAUUUUCAUUAUAACUUUAAACAAAUGUUUAAAGAAGGUAUGGCGUAUAGAACGAUUUAAAUAUCAACGGAAGAAGUCUAUUCCAUAAUCAUUUAAACUGUUAUUUUUUUUAUUUGUUCUUAUUGUUUUUUUUGGUAAAAUAAUUCUAAGGUAUACUAUUUCAUAAGGUUACAUUGACAAGCAAUAUAUCAUGCUGCCUCACAAUCGUUGAAUAAUCGCAUACGGAUACACAUAAUAGUCUAAUCCUGUUGAAACAGUAAUAUUCUCUAUACGCCUUUUAUACUAAAGUUGAUUAUGGAUUGAGAAAAUUAAUAUGAAAUGUAAUAUUUAAGGAAAGGCUAUAUUUUACGUUCAAAAUGGUGUCUGUAUGUUUGAAUAAGCUAUAAUUAUUUAUUGGUUCAUUCGUGUAUAAACUUGACGAAGACGUAUAAAGAAAUAUGUAUUGAAAUGUUUUGUACAUCGCUAUAACGAGGUCAGUGUGUGAAUGAUAAGCGUAACUGUUCUCAAAUACCUCCAAAUUAUUUUGCGCGCAAUUUAUUGAUGUUGGAUAUACAUAAGGUUCUAUGAAUUGUAUAGCUCGUUCAUUGCUGUGUAGAAAGAAUUUCGUACAACACACUGAGCUUGUCGCAUAAGUAUUCCAGAAGAGAAUGCAAGAUUUCGAAUCGUCAAUACGCGAUAUAUUGUAUUCUACAUUGACACAAUCUUUUGUAUAUUCAUUUAGUACAGUCAACUGCAUAUCAAGCUGCCCUGCAUGGAACUAGGUGGAGGUAAUCAAUCAGUCUAAAAUAUUUAGUAUUUUAGACUGAUUGAUUACCUCCAGAAAUAACCAUCCAUAACGCUGUGAAUUUUGUUAUAUGCAGUCGACUGUACUGUAAGUUGGCUGUUCGAAAUUGUGUUUGUUUGAGACAUAGCAUGUUUAAAAAAUAUUUUAUCAGACAAUAUUUUUCAACUAACGUGCAUAGAGACAGAUCAUAAUGUGUCUUAUUUUAAUAAAGGCAAAUGUCUUAUUAGAGUUUACAUUCGUGGCUCACUAUAGAUUUUAUAACGAUUUAAAACGUUGAAUAUAGCAACACCGCCCUUAUGUGAUAAGUGAAGAUGCAUAUGGAACAUUUAGUCGGUUCGUGUAAAUAUUUAUUAUGCUAACUCCUAUGCCUUAGUGUUAGUAAUUUAUGUUGAGUGUUUCUGUAGCGUGUGAAAUGCUUUAUAGCGUAAUACAGCCUUAGCCUUAGACACAAGCCAAAUAAAAGACAUAAAAACUAAAUUACUGGCCUAAAAUAUAGCUCUUCUUUUUUCGAGUAAAAAAAGAAAGUUCUAUUUUCGAAUUUGUCAUUUAUUUUUAUGUCUGUAUUUGGCGAAACGUUUUUUUUAUUGUUUGGCUUAGCAUAGUCGUCAUUUGAGACAUGAUCCUAAAAUUAAUCGUCUCCCACAAAAUAUCCGACGAUUUUCAUCUAUCGUGAUAGCAAUGCCAUGUAUAUUGUUUAUAAACAGUUAUACUAAUAAGCGUUUGUAUUAGAUUGUAAUAAUUUGAACUUUCACUCUAUCUAAUAAAUAUUUUGUGUGGAGUUUGUGUAAGAUGAAAUGUUGACGGUAAACUGCUUGAUAGACGGCGCUGUUGUGCUAUAUUGUUUAUAUGCAAUUUUCGAUUUACAAGUAUUUCAAACCAGAAAAAAUAUUAAUGACCGAUGAUAUAGUGCAACAGUCCACUUAAAUGUAUCGUCAAUAAUUAUAUUUAUACUGGAAUGUUGAACUUACAAUGUAGAAAUGUUAAAGAGUUCUUUAAUCAGUUGAUAUAAGCUAACAGUGGUAAUCUUUAAUAUAGUCUCUGUUAUAAUGAGAAAAAUUUACCUUACCACAACAAUAAGCGGGUCCGUAACCAUAAAAGUACUGGUUUAGUCUGGAGGCCAUUUUUUCCUUGUAGUCCAACUGAGUAGUCUUACCAGUUGAACUAAAUGGAAUUUUCCCUAUAUUUCUUAGUCUGAGUAGUCUUACUAGUUUAACUGCUGGGAAUUUUUCUCAAUAAAUACUAUCAGGCUUAAAUGUGUCAGUCAUAAAUAUUGCUAAAUUGUGUGCAUCUGAGACAGGAUAUUAAAAUAAUUACGUACAACUACGUAACAUAUUCAUACGUAUACUAUUGAAAGUAUGCAAUAUAUAAUUGAAAGACACUUUCCAAUAAUUAAAUUUUGCGCACUAAUUGUUGUGGUGAUGGCAAAUGCAGCGUUAAUGGAACUUGCGGUACUUUGAUGGGGUUUUGUAAAAAUAGAGUAAGAUAGACUGUAGACCGUUAGCUUACGAGUUUGACAAUUUAGUUUUUGUACAAUUUGGAUUCACUAGUUAGUGGAUUAAUUGCCUUCGAGCUGAGAAAUUGUAAACGUAAUGGUUAUUCAUAGUAAUUGGUGGACUUCAUAAAACGUUUUCGGUGAUGACGACACUCUUACGAUCGAUUUUUGUAAUGUUCAUAAUUUAAUAAUGCGUUUUGUUUGUCAAUGUAAUAAAGAAUACUAAAGAUUUAUAUAUGAGAGUAUACAGAUUUCCACUGUUAUACAAAAACAAAUUAUUGUCGUCGUUGAACAAUUAUAAUAAUUAUAUAUCGAUCCUUCAACUUUGCAUAUUACAAUGUCAAAACAAAACGCGGAAUCAAAUUAUCAGAUUUUUUUGUAUAUUUUCGCCAAGCGUAUAAAGGCGGAACUGUGCAUUUUGUUCAACCAGGUACCAAUUGUUUAAGACUAUUGAUUUGACAGUCAUGGCGAUGACGGCGCAGACCGGGGUCAAUGAACCCUCCUGCGCCAAUAUAACCGUAUGUCCACACCAACAAAUACGAGUCUAUCUUUUAUUAGUACUACAAUGCUAAAAAGAGAUAGAAACAUAUUCGUUUGCCUUCGUGGCACGGUGUGGAUGUAGCUUAAAACAUGCUUGUGUUGUAAAAAAUUACAUUGCACUAGAUAGUUUAUAUAGCGUUAUUUUGAUUAGAACGUUACGAUGUAGUGGCGCUUGUGUCGACCGUUCUGCACUUCAGUCUAAUCUGUAUGUUUUACAAUUUAUGUGAAUAUCUUUAUUUUGUCUAAUCGAGAUCAGUCCAUCCAAUUCGAUAUGAAAAAUUAAUUUCUAUGCGUUGUUUUUUUUCAUAAAGCAUCCGAUUGUUCCCGGCAAAAUUAUGUUAAUUGAAAAUGGGCUUUAAAUAGUCCUAUGUCGAUAAAUAAGAAUCACUUUUAAAAAAAGAUAUGUUACCCGUAAGAGGUGUCAAAAAAUGCAAAGUAAAGAUAUUUAUGCAAAUUAGAACUCUAUCCAGCUAUAGUUAAAGUUUAUUUUCCAAAUGCAAAGUGAUCAUAAACAAGACUUGGCCUGACGUGCACAAUCGUUAACAUGUUCUAACAUUUAUUAGUGGUAAAGAACUGAAUGCUAGCCUUAAUUUUAUUUAUGAUAAGUGCUAGGAUAAUAAAAUCACUCUUUUGAGUUAGAAAAUUA